AUGGUCUUCAAAUCCCUCCCCAACCUCCUCAGCACCCUAACCACUAUCUCCAAAACCACCCACGACCUCCUCUCCACCAUUCUCAUCGCCCAAGACUCCCACGGCGACAAUCCCCUCUACGCCAGCACCGCCCUUACCCUCGCCAGCAGCUUCGCACCCCCCGCGCUCGCAGCAAUCACCAUCCACCAAGCCCUCGAAACCAACACCCAACUGCGCCAAAUCUCCUCCCACCUCGGCACCAUCUCCGACACUCUCGCCCGCGACAAUGCACUCCGUGUCGCAUCCGAGUUCCCCACCCUCGUGUACAACAUGCUGCAACACAAAAUCAAAUCCGAGCCGUCCUCGAUAUGGUACCUCGUCUACCACCCCGACACGAUCUGGCGACAUCAUUUCGAGGAUUUGGUCCUGAACCGGGGUGUGUUAGGCGAGCGAUUCAUUGGCAUAUUUGGGAGCUUGGAUGCAGUGGUUAUUUAUAUGCAGGCUAUGAGGAGGGCGGGUGUGGGGAGAGGAGGAGGGGGUGAAGGGGAGGUGCACUUCAGGUUGCUUGUUCCGGCCUAUUAUCCGAUCACGGUGGAGACGCCGGUUAGGUUUCCGGUUGAGAGUAUUGAGCCGUUUGAUUUGUACUGUGAUGUGCACAAUGGGGUGCCGUUGGUGAGCAUGUUUCUUCCGGGUGUGAGGGAGGGCGAGUUGGGGAAUGUGGGGUUGUGGAAGCCGCAGAGAGGGUUUUGGGAACAAUUGUUUGGGAUAGGAUCUGGACAGGAUGAGAAACCCCGGUUGCUGGGGAUGCAAUUGCUGCAUGAUGGGGAGAAUGGGAAUAUGGAUGGAUUGGCGAUUCAUAAUCAGUCCAUCGAUGGGGAUAAGAUAGGUCAAUCUGGAGAGCAGGUACAAGUGCAAGAGACGAUGCGCGAAGUGUUGGCUGAAGAUCCAAUGAGUGGUGACGAGUACAUAUAUGAGGAAGCUGUUGGUCGAGAGACAGAUGAUGAGCUGGAGCGCGCCUCUACAGUCGCAUCUGCCGGAGAGACAGAACAGCAUACCAUUCGACAUCAUUCGCGUCGACAUAAGAGUCGGCACAGCACUGCAUCCCAGGCUGGAUCUGUGGCUGGCAGUGACUUCUACUCUGUUUACUCGUGGACCUCUGGUCAGAGCUCCCGUAGCUCGGGCAGGAGACACAGGCGUCGCCAUACCAGUCGGAAUGGAAGCGAUCGAAGCACGCGUCGAUGA